AUGGGACGUGACGGUUUUCAUCCUUUCAAGGGCCGAGUUAGCAGACAUUUCGGAGACUCGUUGCAACCUGACGAUGCGUAUCUCAGCUACUACGAUAUUCGAUUGACCAAAGAGGAUGUCGACACGCUGAAAAAUGACUGGCUCACGGAUAAUGCAUGUCUCUCUACCAUUGCAUUCUGGGAAGAAUAUCUCGAGCGCGAAGAGCUCCGCAAAUACCCCUCCUCGCACAUCGUCCUCCUACGGCCCUCGAUGGCAUUUAUGCUGAUGCAAACACCGGACCCUCUUACACUUAAAGAUGCUCUACCCAACUUCACACGCACAACGCACAUCUUCUUGCCCAUAAAUGACGCGCGCAACGUCUCCGUCGCAGAAGGCGGCUCGCACUGGUCUCUACUCCUGGUCUCGGUCAUUGAUGGGGUAGCCUUCCACUACGACUCUCUCUCGCCCUCAAACUACAACGAGGCUAUGCUCGCAACAAACAAGAUCUCGAUUCUACUUGGCCGGCCGCUGCGCUUCAUGAAUUUGGAGGAUAGUCCCCAGCAGGAGAACAGUUCUGAUUGUGGAGUCUAUGUCUGUAUCCAGAUGCGACAUUUACUGCUCAAAAGACUUCUGAGUGCCAAUGCGAGAGAGAAAGUUAGUAUGAGCAUGGGUGGAAAGCUGGUUGAUGCGAAUGGUGGGCGGAAGGAGAUGUUGAAGACUAUUGAAGGGUUUAGGAAGGAGGGCGAGAGAAGGAGAUCAACUGAAGACUCACGCUCCGCAUCUCCGUUCGGUAAGGGCGGUAAGACAGAUUCUCGAAGCCCUCCCCGGAUCGAUUCGUAA